AGUAACAUUCAAGCCAAUUUUUCUGAACCCUCGGAGUUCAAGUUGUCUCCCCGGUCCCCUCCUCUGGUGAUAACACGAAUUAGGGUUUUAGCAACCCUUCUUCUUGUUCGAAUUUUCAAGCUUUCUUGGAACAAACAGCAUUUCUGAAACCAGGUAAAGUGAAUUUUGUUCCUUCCAAUUAGGCUUGGACAGUUCAUAACAUACUCGAUGGCUAGCUUAGUUUCUCUAACCAAUGAAACCCAAUUUGUCAAAAUCGUGUGUGCAAUUGUUGUGAAGGGACACUGGGACAAUCUUUUGAAGCCCAAAAUUGGGUCUAGUCUCACCUCAACAAUCAUUAACCAAGUACUUCUGUGCCUUCCCUUAGAUGGGUCCUCUCUUUCUUGGUCAUUUUUCAAGUGGGUUGAAUCAAUUCCAAGUUACAAGCACUCUCUACAGUCUUCUUGGGCUAUGAUUCACAUCCUCACUAAGCAAAAACACUACAAAACUGCACAAAACAUGCUUGAAAAGAUUGCUUUACGGGAUUUCCUGUCGUCUCCAACGGUUUUGAAUUCGCUUACGGGAAAUGGUGAUGACCCAGAUUCGAACUCGCAAGUUUUGAGCUGGUUGGUGAUAGUUUACGCUAAUUUGAAGAUGACCCAAAAUGCAAUUCAAGUGUUUGAACACAUGAGAGUUAAUGGGUUUAAGCCUCAUUUGCAUGCUUGUACUGUGCUUUUGAAUUCAUUGGUGAAGGAUGGGUUGACUGAUAUGGUGUGGAAAAUAUACAAGAAAAUGGUGAAAAUCGGGGUUGUGGCUAAUAUGCAUGUGUUCAACGUGUUGAUCCAUGCUUGUUGCAAGUCUGGAGAUGUUGAAAAGGCAGAACAGUUGUUGAGUGAAAUGGAGCUUGCGGGUAUGUUUCCGGAUCUUUUCACUUAUAACACGUUGAUCUCUUUGUAUUGCAAGAAGGGUAUGCACUAUCAAUCUUUGUCAAUUCAAGAUAGAAUGGAACAAGGGGGAGUGUGUCCCGAUAUUGUGACGUAUAAUUCUCUUAUUUAUGGGUAUUGUAGAGAAGGUAGAAUGAGAGAGGCUUCAAGGCUUUUUAAGGAUAUUAAAGGUGCUGUCCCUAAUCAUGUGACAUACACUACCCUAAUUGAUGGGUAUUGCAGAGUGAAUGACAUGGAUGAAGCUGUACGAUUGCGUGCGGAAAUGGAGACUAAAGGAUUGUAUCCUGGUGUUGUCACUUAUAAUUCGAUUCUCCGCAAGUUAUGUGCACAAGGUAGAAUAAGGGAUGCAAAUAAACUCUUAAAUGAGAUGAAUGAAAAGAAGAUUGAACCAGAUAAUAUCACGUGUAACACAUUGAUUAAUGCUUACUGCAAGAUAGGAGAUUUGAAGUCUGCAUUGAGAGUAAGACGUAAGAUGUUGGAGGCUGGAUUGAAACCUGAUAAUUUUACUUACAAGGCAUUGAUUCAUGGGUUUUGCAAGGCAAAGGAGAUGGACAGCGGUAAAGAUUUGUUAUUUGAAAUGCUUGAUGCAGGAUUUUCUGCAAGUUAUUGUAUAUAUUCUUGGCUUGUGGAUGGAUACUGCAAUCAAGACAAUGAAGAGGCAAUUGUAAGACUGCUCGAAGAGUUUUUGAGAAAAGGUCUUUGCGUUGACAUCUCAGUUUACAGGGCACUAAUAAGAAGGCUAUGUAAGAGAGAGAAGGUUCAUUUUGCUCAACGGAUUUUCAUUCUUAUGCAAGGAAAGGGAAUAUUAGGAGAUAGUGUUGUGUAUACUAGUCUAGCAUACGCUUAUCUGAAAACGGGGGAAGUAACUGUUGCUUCGGAUCUGUUAGAUGAAAUGUAUAGGAGGCGGUUAAUGAUAACUCUCAAGCUUUAUCGAAGUUUCAGUGCUUCUUAUGCUGAUGACAAGGGCAUCUUAGAUAUCUUUUGGGGUCGUGCGGUUGAAAGAGGCCUUAUUUCGAAAAGUAUUCAAAUAUAUCUACAGCAUUUGAAAUUACACUCGUAGGAAGUCUAUGACACUCUAAAGCUUGAGAGAAAAACUGUUUCUAGACGUGCGGCGAUGUAACAUUAGUCACAAGUGGAUGGUUUUGCAAAAUAUGCGGUUAGCCGUACAUGAACUUGUACCAUGGACAAUGGCCUUAUGGUUUCAUGCUAGAAUCUCUUGCAUAGACGAGUGUGGGCAGCCUAAAAUUGGAUGGCUCAUUGCAUCCUCAUGUAAUAGCGACAGCCAUGUCUCCCGCAAUGAAAGGCUGCAUUAAAGCCUCAAUGAUAAAUAAUGGGCCUAUAUAUUUCUAGAGUCACGUGGUAGCAUUAUUGCUCUUCUUGAGACUAUGGAACCAUCUUACCUCAGCUUUGGGGACAUUUUCCUCGCCAGUGCCAGAACCCUAGAAUUCAAGUAUCUCUUCUUUGAAAAUGCAGGUAUGGCAAAGUGAAUAGAAGCUUUGUGCCGAGCUGCUGAACUGGAGAACGUGAUGAAGGCUAAGAGAAGCGGAAGCAGAUGCAUAAGCAUUUUAGGUGCCUGUUCCUUACAAUGGUUUCGUCUUCUCACAUUUUAACUAGUUUGCCGCUGUCUUAAACUCAGAUUGGCAGAAGGGACAAAAAUUGCACUAGGGAAAGUUUUUUGCGACACAAAAUCACACUGAAAAGGUGACGUUUGUUUUCCAGUCCCAUGUGGGAGGUUGGUGGCAGUGGUAUUACUUACUUUAGCUUAUCUUUCCUAGUGCCAUGACAUACAAUUGCUCAUCUUAGGCGAUGACAUACAAUAACUUAUUGAUGAAUGAUA